AUGCAUUACCUAUUAUUUUUGAUCCCAAUUGUCUUCUCAAGUAUCAGUCCAGCCGAUUACAUUUCAUAAUCUGAUCGACCCAAAAUUGCUGCUCAUCGAGGACUUUGCUCCAUCUUCCCAGAGAAUACGGCCUAAUCAUUUGAAGGUGCUAUGUUCCAAGGAACUGACUUCAUUGAAUUGGAUGUUGUACUCAAUAAGGAAUUGCAGUUAAUAGUGGCACAUGAUACAUUUAUGAAUACUGUUUCCAAUAUUAAAACAUUCCCAGAAUUUGCAUCAAGACAAAGAAAAAGGACAAUAAAUGGAAUGGUUAGAGACGAUUGGUGGCUGAUUGAUUUCUCUCUCGCUGAACUCAAGCGAGUAGGAAUCAAUUAAGUCAGGGGUUCCACAAGACCUAAAAUGUUUGAUGGUCUUUUCACAUAUCCAACCUUAUGGGAGGUCUUGCAAUAGGUCAAAGAUUUCAACAUUCGUACUGCUAAUGAAAGAAACCCUAAUAAAAAGCCAGUAGGAAUACUCUUAGAGAUAAAAGAUUACGAAUAUCAUUUAGAAUAUGCAGGAGUAUCAAUCGUUUAAUAUGUAAUCAGUGAAUUAUCAAAAUUCGGUAUUGGGACCAUUAAAGAUUGCAAGAAUGUUGUUCCCAUUGUCAUUAUGAGUUUCGACAUGAAUGCUGUAAAGGAGACUCGAGAAUUGACAGAUCUUCCAAGAGUGUUUUUGAUGACCGGAUUACAGAAUCAACCAUAUACCUUCUAUGCUGAAGCUACAAAGUAUGCCAACAUCAUUGGAGCUGAUUUAGCAUCGAUUUGGAAUCAAAAGACCUAAAAAAUUCAACCAGAAGUUCAACUCAUCAAAGACAAUUAAAUGAUGGUUUAUGCUUGGACUUUCCAAGAUGAUGCUAGUGGAACUCAAAAGAUGUUCAAUGCAACCAUUGCCAAAGACAUUUACUAUCAAGCAGUCAAGCUGAAUAUCCACGGACUCAUCACAGAGUUUUCAGAUGUAGCAAUUUAGUAUGUCUAAUUAUAUUAAUAUUAAUGA